GGCGUUCGGCGUUCCAACCCCCCGUUUCUUCCAGGUUGGUUCAGCCUCGGUCUACUCCGGGGUGGUGCUUAGCCGGCGCCAGACCGACCCUCGGCUUCGGAGAGGUAGUGCCGUUCCUCUGGGCGCCUCUCCCUCGGCUUCUUCGGCUUCCGCAGCCUACUCAGCCUCCGUGCCGUCCGGGCACCCGAGACCUCGGUGUAUGCCCCACCCCUGACCCAACGAGAGACAUGUCCACCCCGGCCCGGCGGCGUCUCAUGAGGGACUUCAAGAGGUUGCAGGAGGAUCCCCCAGCGGGAGUCAGCGGGGCUCCGUCUGAGAACAACAUAAUGGUUUGGAACGCGGUCAUUUUUGGGCCUGAAGGGACCCCUUUUGAGGAUGGAACAUUUAAGCUUACAAUAGAAUUCACUGAGGAAUAUCCGAAUAAACCACCUACGGUUAGAUUUGUCUCUAAGAUGUUUCAUCCAAAUGUCUAUGCAGAUGGUAGUAUAUGUCUGGACAUACUUCAGAACCGCUGGAGUCCAACUUACGAUGUGUCUUCCAUUUUAACAUCCAUACAGUCUCUAUUGGAUGAACCCAACCCCAAUAGUCCAGCAAAUAGCCAGGCUGCUCAGCUGUACCAGGAGAACAAGCGGGAAUAUGAAAAACGUGUUUCUGCAAUAGUGGAACAGAGCUGGCGUGAUUGUUGACCCGCGUGAAGCAAAAGAAGCUGGUCAUAUGAAAAAUAUAUAUUGAUGUGUUUGUCAUCUUCCUAUUCCUCAGUGUCAUUAUUUACUUUAUUAAAUGCAAAAUAGCUGUU